CUCCCACCCAUACAGGGGCAUAGGUCCCAAAGGCUCUUAAUCCACACUGUCCCUGUCACCAGUCAGAGUCCCCCCACCGCCACUCUGCAGCAAAGUCCCAGUAGAUGCAAAGGUGUUAAGACCAGAAAUCAUGCGCACUUCUGCCUUCUGUCAGGGUCGUGGGGUGAGGACAGAUAUUCUGGGUGGGAAGGGCUGGGAAAUUCCAGCCACAUCCUCGCUCUGGCAGGAGGCCCUGGUUCAGAGCCUGCCUUGUGGGGACUUGGUCUCCAGGGAGGUGGGGAGCAGGGCGGACCUGAGAACAACGCCCACAUACCCAGCAGUGAAACAGAAUGUGCCCUGUGUGUUCUGUCCCUUCAUCCUCAGGGGAGAGGAAGAGUAGUACCCAGUCAGCCAGAGGAAGUCACUCCAGGCUGGAGGGAUGGCCUGCCCAAAGGUUGUCUUUGUCCUGUAUAGGGAGGGGUGGAAAGGACUUCCCCACAAAGGCCAGGGGGGCGGCUGGAGGGAGUGUAGGAUGGGAGGAGACUUUGUUGUAAAGUGUGAGGCUGGUGGGCCACGCCAGGCCAGUGCUGCUAGGGGCCUGAGGAGCCAGGAGGGUAGAGGACAUGAGCAGCCAUGGUUGGGCCUGCUUGCCAGAGGGUGGAGGAGACCGGAGGGAGGCUUUGUCUCCGGAUCUUUUGUUCUGGGGCCCUAAUGCAAGUGUCUCAGUUUCUCCAUUGUGAAUGGUUCACUAGCGGUGGGCCACGCUGGCCACCCCAGCCCAGAACAGAGGACCCUUAGUUGUGAUCAUCGCCCCUGCUCUCGCUUGGCUGUCUGGGUGCUGCUCUGAGGAUGGAGCUGAGGGAGGGUGCAGGAAGAAGGGGGCAUCUUGGCUGGGGGGAUGGCUGCUGCCUGCGCUCUGCCUGGGCAGCCUUUCAGGGUGCUGGGUCGCUUGUCUGGGCUGCGAGACCCACAGACAGUCCUUUCUCUCCCAGGGGCUCCGCAGCCUCCUGUGGUGAGGAGGGUGCAGGGGGUGCCCGGCUGGCUGUGGGCGGGGCUCGAUCGUCGCUCCGCCCCCAGGGCCGCUGCCCACUGCGGGGCGCAUCGAUUGGUCGUUGGCCCAUUAGCCAGAGGCGGCGAGACGAACUCAUCAAUAUUUUAAGGAAUGACCUGGCUAUGGGGUCCGGAACUGUGCGCUGCCGCAGGUGGCUGCGAUGGGACGGGAGCCAUGAAUGGUGCCGCCCCCGGCCCCGCCGCAGCUGCCCCGGUGCCGGUGCCGGUCCCGGACUGGCGGCAGUUCUGCGAGCUGCACGCGCAGGCGGCCGCCGUGGACUUCGCGCACAAGUUCUGCCGCUUCCUGCGGGACAACCCGGCCUACGACACGCCCGACGCCGGGGCCUCCUUCUCCCGCCACUUUGCCACCAACUUCCUGGACGUGUUCGGCGAGGAGGUGCGCCGCGUGCUGGUGGCCGGGCGCGCCGACGCCAUGGAGCCCGAGCCGGCGGAGACGCCGGCCCUCAAGGCGGCGGCCUACGGCCACUCGCGGAGCUCGGAGGACGUGUCGACGCACGCAGCGACCAAGGCCCGCGUCCGCAAGGGCUUCUCUCUGCGCAACAUGAGCCUGUGCGUGGUGGACGGCGUGCGCGACAUGUGGCACCGGCGCGCCUCGCCCGAGCCCGACGCUGGCGCUGCCCCGCGGGCCGCCGAGCCCCCAGCCGAGCCGCGUGACAAGUGGACGCGGCGCUUGCGACUGUCGCGGACGCUGGCGGCCAAGGUGGAGCUCGUAGACAUCCAGCGCGAGGGCGCGCUGCGUUUCAUGGUGGCCGACGACGCAGCCGCGGGCCCGGGGGGCGCCGCCCAGUGGCAGAAGUGCCGCCUGCUCCUGCGUAGGGCCGUCGCCGGGGAACGCUUCCGUCUCGAGUUCUUCGUGCCACCCAAGGCUUCCAGGCCCAAGGUCAGCAUCCCCCUCUCAGCCAUCAUCGAGGUCCGUACCACCAUGCCCCUGGAGAUGCCAGAGAAAGACAACACAUUCGUGCUCAAGGUGGAGAACGGGGCCGAGUACAUCCUGGAGACCAUUGACUCACUGCAGAAGCACUCGUGGGUAGCUGACAUCCAGGGCUGCGUGGACCCUGGUGACAGUGAGGAAGACGCCGAACUCUCCUGUGCCCGGGGAGGCUGUCUAGCCAGCCGUGUGGCCUCCUGCAGCUGUGAGCUGCUGACAGAUGCAGCAGAUGUGCCCCGGCCCCCAGAGACAACAGCAGCCAUGGGUGCCGUGGUGACAGCCCCGCACAGCCGAGCUCGAGAUACGGUCGGAGAGUCCCUGAUCCACAUCCCGCUAGAGACCUUCCUACAGACCCUGGAAUCCCCGGGUGGCAGCGGCAGUGACAGCAAUAACACAGGGGAGGAGGGAACAGAGCCAGAUCCUGAGGUCGAGGCCGAGCCGGAGCUCUCCGACUACCCCUGGUUCCACGGGACGCUGUCACGGGUCAAGGCAGCGCAGCUGGUGCUGGCGGGCGGGCCCCGGAGCCAUGGCCUCUUCGUGAUCCGCCAAAGCGAGACUCGGCCUGGGGAGUACGUGCUGACCUUCAACUUCCAGGGCAAGGCCAAGCACCUGCGCCUGUCCCUGAACGGCCACGGCCAGUGCCACGUACAGCACCUGUGGUUCCAGUCCGUGCUUGACAUGCUCCGCCACUUCCACACGCACCCCAUCCCGCUGGAGUCAGGGGGCUCUGCUGACAUCACCCUACGCAGCUAUGUGCGGGCCCAGGGCCCCCCACCUGAGCCAGGCCCUGCACCCAGCACCGCACCCGCCGCCUGCUGGAGCGAGCCAGCCAGCCAGCACUACUUCGCCAGCCUCGCCGCCCCCUGCCCGCCAGCCUCACCCUCCGACGCCGCCGCAGCCUCCUCAUCGUCCACCUCGUCGUCCUCCGCCGCGUCGGGCCCCGCACCCCCGCGCCCCGCAGACGGCCCGCUCAUGGCACGCGGCCGCAGCGACAGCGCCGAGCGCCUGCUGGAGGCCACGGCCGGUGGUGCGGAUGAGCCCCCGGAGGCGGCCGGGGGCCGCACGCGCGCCGUCGAGAACCAGUACUCCUUCUACUAGCGCCCGCCGCGCUGGGGGGGAGACGCCAAGCUCUUCAGUGAAGACAUAAUGUUAUUAAAGAGCCUGUUUUAGGGACUGCACCUGGCCCUCCUGUCGUCCUUCCUCCCACUCUGGCCUCGGGCACCCCGGGGAAGGCAGGUCCUCCCGUUCAGGGCCUGCAGGGGAGCCACGCGCUUGGCUCCCUUGAGCCCAGCGUGGCCUGGCGUCUGCCCGGCCUCUACCCAGCUCCUACUUGGGGGGAGGCUGCCUGCUGGGCGUCGGGCAACACCUGAAUGAGGACCCAGCAGCACGGGCUGUCUGCCCAGGGGUCAGACUGGGAAGAGAGCCCAAGUCACAGGACCUUUAAUGCCAGGAUGAGUAGUUGGGCCCUGGCUGGGAGAGUUAGGGUGUCCUUGGUUAAGUCAGUGAAGUCUGGCAGUGCAGACAGGGAGGCGGGCAGGAUGUCUCCACAUGAGCCCCUGGGGGGAUUGGGUAAUGGGAAAGGCUGCAGUUCCCAGCUCUGACAUAGACACCCCCCCACCCGCACUCGCUGCCUACAGACAAGAGUCCAGCUGUGGCUCCCAUGUCCCCAGGCCCUGGCAACACGUCCUGCUCACCUUCCCAGCUCUCCAGACUUCAGGCGGUGCUCCCUCUGAGAAAGAUCUUGUUCCUGCUGAGCCAAAGCCCACCUCCCCUCCCCCAGUCCAA